AUGGAAAAGAAAAUACAUGCUCUUAUCCAAGCCCUAGCUUCCAAACCCCUGCUAAUCUUCUUCCUAAUCCCUCUCCUCUUCCUCUUCGCCAUAUCCCGAGUACUACGGCCCAAGCGAUACCCUCCCGGGCCCCAUGGCUGGCCCGUGAUCGGCAACAUGGGCCUGAUGGACCAGCUCACCCACCGCGGGCUGGCCCAACUCGCCAAGCGCUACGGCGGCAUCUUCCACCUCCGCAUGGGCUUCAAACACAUGGUGGCCGUGUCGAGCUCGGACGCAGCCCGUCAAGUCCUUCAGGCCCACGACGCCAUCUUAUCCAAUCGGCCCGCCACGCUCGCCAUAAGCUACCUUACCUACGAUCGGGCCGACAUGGCCUUCGCCCAUUACGGGCCCUUCUGGCGCCAGAUGCGCAAGCUUUGUGUUAUGAAGUUGUUCAGUCGCAAACGGGCCGAGUCUUGGGCCUCGGUUCGGGCCGAGGUGGACCGGAUGGUUCAGGCCGUGGCCGCGGGCUCGGGCGAGCCCGUCAACGUCGGGGAGCUCGUGUUCGGGUUGACCAAGGACAUUAUUUACCAGGCCGCCUUCGGGUCGGGCUCUCAAGAGGGCCAGGACGAGUUUAUCAAGAUUCUGCAGGAGUUUUCGAAAUUGUUCGGGGCUUUUAAUAUAGCGGAUUUCGUGCCGUGUUUGGGGUGGGUCGAUCCGCAGGGUUUGAACGGGAGGCUCGUGAGGGCCCGGGCCUCGCUCGAUGGGUUUAUCGACAUGAUAAUAGACGAGCAUAUGAGGAAGAAGGAGAAGCCCGAAAACGGGCCCGUUGAUAGCGACAUGGUGGAUGAGCUUUUGGCCUUUUAUAGUGAUGAAGUGAAGGGUACUUCAGAGUUUGAGGAUUCACACAACUCAAUCAAACUUACGAGGAAUAACAUCAAAGCUAUAAUUAUGGAUGUGAUGUUUGGCGGGACGGAGACCGUAGCAUCGGCGAUAGAAUGGGCCAUGUCGGAGCUAAUGAGAAGCCCAGAGGACCUUCGAAAGGUCCAGCAAGAGCUUGCAGACGUAGUGGGCCUGAGCCGCAAGGUCGAGGAGCCCGAUUUCGAGAAGCUGACCUAUCUCCAGUGUUGCAUCAAGGAGGUCCUUCGCCUCCACCCGCCGAUCCCUCUCCUCCUCCACGAGGCCGCCGCCGAUGCCAUAAUCUCCGGCUACCAUAUUCCGGCAGGCACGCGCGUGAUGAUCAACGCGUGGGCGAUUGCACGCGAUGAGAGCGCGUGGGAGGACGCAGAGUCGUUCAAGCCGGCGCGGUUCCUGGUGGACGGCGCGCCCGACUUCAGGGGGAGCAAUUUCGAGUUCAUACCGUUCGGAUCAGGGCGGAGAUCGUGCCCCGGGAUGCAGCUCGGGUUGUACGCGCUGGAGAUGGCGCUGGCGCACCUGCUCCACUGCUUCGAUUGGGAGCUGCCGGACAGAAUGAUGCCUAGGGACCUGGACAUGGGGGACGUGUUUGGGCUCACAGCGCCACGCGCCACCAGGCUGACGGCGAGCGCGUGGGAGGACGCGGAGUCGUUCAAGCCGGCGCGGUUCCUGGUGGGCGGCGCGCCCGAUUUCAGGGGGAGCGAUUUCGAGUUCAUACCGUUCGGGUCGGGGCGUAGGUCGUGCCCCGGGAUGCAGCUCGGGCUGUACGCGCUGGAGAUGGCGGUGGCGCACCUGCUCCACUGCUUCGAUUGGGAGCUGCCGGACGGGAUGAGGCCUGGGGACCUGGACAUGGGGGAUGUGUUUGGGCUCACGGCGCCAUGCGCCACCAGGCUGACGGCGGUGCCCAGCCCCAGGCUGUUGUGCCCGCUUUAUUGA